GAGGAUUGUCUGUCUGCCAGUUUUUGUUCGCUCCACUAUUUAAGCAUUAGUAGCUGUACUCGUACUGCGAGCCUGAGGCCCUUGGAACUCACUCACCGAUCUUUCUUUCUUCCAUCGUUGCUUGUGAUAUUGGUCUUGCUGCUUUAUUUGAAUCAUCCCUUAUCCAAUUGGUUUGUCUCUCGUGGGAAACGGUUUGCUUCAUCAUGGCUCCUUCAGGGAAUAUCUCGAUUGUUUUGUACCUCUUUAAGCGCCUUCACGAACUUGGGGGCGAUUUCAAUCUUUCCGCAUUGGAUCUACUUCCCGAUGCUGGUUUGUAUUGGGUGGGGAACUGUAACGAACUCAAUGCUGCUUAUGCUGCAGAUGGUUACGCUAGGAUCAAGGGAAUUUCAGCGUUGAUCACAACAUUUGGAGUUGGCGAACUUUCCGCACUUGCGGGCGUUGCGGGGUCCUUCAGCGAGCAUGUUCCUGUAGUUCAUAUCGUCGGUAUCCCUAAUACAAUUGCACAAAGGAAUGGUCUUUUGCUCCAUCACACCCUUGGAAAUGGUGACUUUACGGUCUUUCAGAAUAUGUCGAGGAAUAUCUCUGUGACAUCGACCAUCUUGAAUGAUCCUCACAGAGCUGCUUCGGAGAUUGAUCGUGUGCUUUCGGCUUGCUGGGUUAAGGCUAGACCAUCCACGGCAGGUCUCCCCACUGACAUUGCCCCUGCGGAAAUACCAGCAGCUCACCUCGACACUCCCCUCGACUUGAAGAUCCCCGACAAUGAGCCCGAGACCGAAUCCGAAGUGGUCGACGAAAUCACUCGCCUAAUGUACAACUCCAAAAACACCAUCAUCCUCGCAGAUGCCUGUGCAAUUCGUCAUCGUGUGCUGGACGAGCUCCAUGAACUCGUCGAAAAGACACGGCUCCCCACAUUCGUCUCACCGAUGGGCAAGGGUGCCGUCAAUGAAGAGCUCGAAUGGUAUGGGGGAGUCUACGUCGGAGAUGUCAGUAGGGACGAAGUUAGGCAACGUGUGGAUGACGCCGAGCUCAUCUUGUAUGUCGGCGGUUUGCAAAGCGACUUCAACUCUGGUGGCUUCACAUAUAGGAUCUCUAGGAAGAAUACUGUCGAGUUCCACAGUGACCACAUGAAAGUCCGAUACUCCGAGUUUCCAGGGAUCCAGAUGCAGCCGGUUCUUAGGAAGUUGUUAGAUAAACUUGACUAUUCAAAGGUCCAAACACACUCCGUUCCGGACGUUUCGAAUGUUAUCCCGCACAAAGUCCAAGAGUCUGUUUCACAGGAGAUCAAUCAUGCAUGGCUUUGGCCGAGAGUUGGACAGUGGCUUAGGGAAGGUGAUGUGAUUAUCACAGAAACUGGAACAUCGAAUUUCGGUAUCUGGGAGACUCGCUUCCCAAAGAACGUAACGGCUAUCUCACAGGUCCUCUGGGGAUCUAUUGGAUACUCGGUUGGGGCAUUGCAGGGCGCAGCACUGGCCUGCAAAGAAAAAUAUCCAGAAAGAAGAGUGAUUCUCUUCGUCGGUGACGGCUCACUACAACUGACUGUCCAGGAAAUUAGCACUAUGAUCAGACAUGGGCUUAAACCGAUAAUCUUCGUUAUCAACAACAAAGGAUACACAAUCGAACGCAUGAUCCACGGAAUGAAAGCAAUUUAUAACGAUAUCCAACCCUGGAACCACACCGACCUACUCAGCCUCUUUGGUGCAGACCCCUCAGAUGCAAUGUCCUACCUGUGCAAGUCGAAGACUGAGCUCGAGAAUCUGUUCAAGGACGAGAAGUUCUCUAGUGCUCCUUAUAUCCAGUUGGUGGAAAUAUUCAUGCCGUGGCAGGAUGCUCCAAGGGCACUUAUUAAGAUUGGCCGGGUUACGGCAAGUUUGAAUGAGGGAAGUGGGAGUGGGUAAUAAUAAUGGAGAAAAGAAGGCGGAGGAAGACAAGAGGAGAGGAGAAGGAAGGAAGAUUGUGUACUCGCACAGUAACUUAGUGCAUGGGAAUGGCAUCAGCGACAGAAGAACAAAUAGGAAGAUAACAAACACUACGGUCACCUAUGA